AUGUCUGUAGCUGAGUCUACAAGUGUAAGUGACAAAAGAGCAUUGAUUAAGUCAUGUGCUUCGAAAUUCGCGAAGGCAAUGAAAGCCUUGGAAUUAGCUUUGAUUGGCACAGAUGAUGGAAAAAUAUCACAACUGAGAAGAGAAGUUCUUGACAGUUGGAAUGUUUAUGAAAAGGAACUUUGUGAUAUUGAUGUGUUCGAUCAGGAACAACAAACACAGUUCCAACGAUCAUGCCGACAGAGCCGACAAGAGUUGGAUUUAAUACUGGAGCAAGUUAGCCAGCGAAUUGGAGCGAUCGACGAAACGCUAUCGUUGACGCGCGCACAAAGUCGCCAUAGUGCUGCGUCAUCCGAACGCAAACGACAGCGGGCAGAGCUGAAAUUAGCGCAUAUCCGCAGACGUCAAGAUUUAGAAAGACGGCAACAAGAUCUUGAAUUUCAGCAAGCAGAAAUAAGGCGUGAAAUGGAGAAAAUCGCGGUUGAGAACGAUCUGGCUAGGAUCGAAAUUGAAGACGACAGCGGAAGUUCGAGCAGUAAUAGUGUUGCGUCGAACAAUGUAAUUCUGCCCGAAAUGAGGCAGAGUGCUAGAGAAAAGACAGAGGCGUACGUACGAAGUCUUCCCGACGUAACCCCUACUCUUGGUCAGCCGGAAUUAAACGUAGUUGCAGCAUCCAAUCCCAAACCCAGUGACAAUGAUCUUUUCAAUGGAUUUAUGGCUAUGACAUCUAGUGCACAGGAAAGUUUGAACUUACCAAAACCAGAGUUACUGACAUUUAGUGGAAAUCCUGCGGAUUAUUGCAAGUUUAUCAAAAACUUUGAAACAAACAUUGAAAUGAGAGUGAAGGACAAUAGAUUAAGACUUAGUUACUUAGUGCAAUUUUGUAAUGGUGAUGCUCGUCGUAGCAUCGAAGAUUGUGUUGUUUUGCCAUCAGAUGAGGGGUAUGUAAGAGCGAAACAAAUCCUCCAAGGCAGGUAUGGUAAGCCUCACUUAGUUGCUAGGUCCCAUGUUGAACGACUGAUUGAUGGUAGCCCUGUUAAACCUAAUGACGUACAAGGCCUCAUGAAUUUGUCGCUCGACAUGGAAAAAUGUCAAAUAACACUUUCGCAAAUAGGGUUUGUUUCUGAUAUCAAUAAUACUGAAAAUCUCAAGAAAAUAGUUAGGCGACUACCCAUGCAUAUUCGGUCAAGAUGGGCCGAACGCGCUAGUAAGCUGAUCGAGCAGGGAUCCGAACCGAAUUUCAAUGACCUGCUCACCUUUGUCCACGAGCGAGCUAUAGUAGCAAACACAAUGUAUGGUCAAGACUUAGCCAGUGCGUCAAAAGGCAUGUAUACGGCAAAGGUUAAAUCUGCACCUAAAGGCACUUCUCCUCGUGAUAAAUAUGUCACGCUAUCUACUUCUACUUCUGGUAAUUAUUCGGGCAAUGAGACACCUCUGUAUCGCCAGAGAAGUUUAUCUUGCGUUUACUGUAAAGAGGCUCAUAAACUGAUGCACUGCGAAAAAUUUAGAUUAAUUGAAUUAGGAGAAAAAUUAAAGGUUAUCAGAAAGCACAAGAUGUGCGAAAAUUGUCUGAAUUUUAAACACCUGGCUAAAUUUUGUCGCAAAGGUAGUUGUUGCGAGAUUAAUGGGUGUAAUGAAAAGCAUCAUACGAUGCUUCAUAGUACUUUGAAUCAAGACGAAAGUCAGACAUCGGGGAACAGUAACUGUUGUGCUACGAAUGAUGCACGGAAGAAUAAGGUAAGUUUGCGUAUUGUGCCAGUUAUUAUCGAAAAUGGGCCUGUGCAUGUAAACACAUACGCCUUAUUGGAUGAGGGUAGCGAUGUUACAUUGUGUACGGAAGGGUUAAUUAAAAAAUUGGGAGCUACAGGUACACCCCGAGAGUUUAGCAUCACAACCGUUAAUAAGUCUUCCGAACGUAGGAAUGGGGUUGAACUGAGUUUUAAAGUAAAUUCUAUUGAUAGAAGCGAGACGGUGACCUUGAAUAAGGUAUGGUCAGUUGAUCGCCUACCUAUUUCACUUAGAUCACUCCCUGAUUGUUCGCAGGUUGGAAAAUGGAAGCAUUUAGCAGAUAUAAGCUUGCCACGGAUUAAACAAGGUCAGGUAGAGUUAUUGAUUGGUAGCGACACCCCAGAGGCGUUCUGGGUAGAGGAAGAAAGGAGAGGAAAUAGAGGUGAGCCGUACGCUAUACGGUCGAUUCUAGGUUGGAGUAUACUUGGACCGACAGGUAAGACUGUUUUGUCUACAGAUAUGAAUGUAAACUUCCAACAGACUUCUAGUGUGCAAGAGGAGAUUGAUAGGUUAUGGAAAACCGACUUUCCGGAAUGCAGAUUAGACAACAGCACAGGUAUGUCGUGUGAAGAUCGACGUGCACUAUCAAUCAUGGAAAGAACAAUAGAGAAAGAUGGCGGACAUUACAAGAUCGGACUACCAUGGCGCGAUGAAAACGUGAAUUUACCAGAUAACAGAGUGUUGGCAACUACCAGACUUGCGUAUUUGAAACGCAAACUUCAAGGUAAUGAGGAUUUAUAUACAAUGUACCGAAGCACGAUGAAUGAUUAUAUUACAAAUGGGUAUGCUACUCCUGUUACAGACGCAGACGUAAUGGAAACUGGUAAGGUUUGGUAUCUUCCGCACCAUCCAGUUAUCAACCCAAAGAAGCCAGGAAAGGUAAGAAUAGUAUUUGACUGUGCAGCUAAGUAUAGAGGUACGUCGUUGAACGAUAACAUUUUGCAGGGUCCAGACUUUAUGAAUAGCAUUGUAGGAGUGCUGAUACGAUUCCGAGAGGAACCUGUCGCUCUUGUAGCGGAUAUUGAGGCAAUGUUUCACCAGGUAAAGGUACAAGACAGUGAUAGGAACUCACUUCGAUUUCUUUGGUGGCCUGAUGGUGAUCUAGAAAAAGAGCCGUGUGAAUACUGUAUGACUGUCCAUUUAUUUGGAGCAACGUCGUCGCCUAGUUGUGCAGCAUACAGUCUUAGACGUACAGCAAGUGAUAACGCUAAGGAGUUUAGUGAUGAUACAGUGAAAACGAUAGAACGCAACUUUUACGUCGAUGACCUUUUGAAGUCAGUGACAGAUGCAAAGGUAGGUAUAAAACGUUCUUCUGAACUCCGAGAUAUCUUAUCUAGAGGAGGGUUUAGGUUAACAAAGUGGUUAUCUAAUAAUAAAGAAGUCGUGGAUUCGAUUCCAGACAUGGAGAGGGCAGGCUCGACAACGAAGAUCGACCUUGAAACUACCCCAAAGGUUGAACGUGCUCUUGGACUGCAGUGGCACAUAGAUAAAGAUGAGUUUGCAUUUGAUGUAAGUCUUCAACAAAAGAGUCAUACGAGACGUGGUAUACUAUCUGUUGCAAGUUCAUUGUAUGACCCCCUCGGGUUUGUUGCACCGGUGACUCUUAUUCCAAAGUUGGUCUUACAGAAUGCUUGCAGACAACACUUACAGUGGGAUGAAAGGGUAUCUGAAGCCGACGCCGAAAAGUGGUCUCAGUGGUUAAUGAAUCUUCCAGAAUUGUCAAAGGUAAGUAUUGACAGGUGCUUGAAGCCAGGCAAGUUAGACAAAUCUUCCAAGAUAGAGUUACACAUGUUCAGUGAUGCAUCUGAACAGGCGUACGGAUCAGCGGUGUAUGUGAAGAUUUACGACGCCGAAGGAAACAAUUCUAUGAUCGUUCUGGGGUACAUCCAGAAUGAGAAAAGACGAUUCAAGACUUUCGUUGCCAAUAGACUGGCAAUUAUUCAUGAUGUAACAACGCCGCAGGACUGGAGGUACGUACCUACAAAGGAAAAUCCUGCUGACUUGGCGUCAAGGGGCGUGCACCCUCACGAAACGGAUAAGCUCUCAACGUGGCUUAGAGGUCCAAAAUUUCUGCAGUGCGAUAGUUCACACUGGCCAGCCACCCCAGGCCUUGUGACGAUAGAUGUUAAUGAUACAGAAUUAAAGGCAGAGGUUAGUACGCACAUGACACAAGGUAAGUGUGAUAAGGGAAUAAGUGAUCUUUUAGCAAAGUAUUCCGACUGGCAUAAACUACAACGAGCUGUAGCUUACAUUCUUAGGUUCAAACAGUACUUCUUUCAAAGGAACUCGAGAUCAAAAGAAAGUACUGGAACUUCAGUAAAACGCGGGAGUUUGACUGUAUGUGAGAUUCGAGAAGCGACCAAAGCUAUUCUCAUGUUUGUACAAGGGAAUGCGUUCGAUAUUGAAAUAAACAGUGUCAUGAAAACAGGUCGUGUUCCAAAAGUAAGUUCUCUUACCAAAUUAAGCCCCGUUUACAUAGGAAGUCUCCUGAGAGUCGGCGGACGACUUGAUAAUUCCAACUUACACAGUGAUGUGAAGCACCCGAUUAUUUUGCCAAACAAUCACCAUGUGACGAGGAUUCUGAUUAGGAAAUAUCAUGAAAUCAAUGCGCACAUGGGCGCUCAUCACAUUUUGUCAUUGAUUAGAGAGAAAUACUGGAUUGUCCACGGACUUAAAACUGUGAAGUCGGAACUGAGCAAAUGUAUUGAAUGCAAGCGAAGACUACAACGUCCUCAAACGCAACAGAUGGGACAACUUCCAGCCGAGAGACUCACGCCAGACAAAGCACCGUUUACGUACGUUGGCGUUGAUUAUUUCGGUCCGCUGUAUGUGAAAUCUGGUAGGAGGCAUCUGAAAAGGUAUGGCUGUUUGUUCACUUGCUUGACUACCAGGGCGGUACAUAUAGAAAUAACCCACAGUCUUGACACGGAUUCGUUUAUAUGUGCCUUACAGCGGUUUGUAAGCCGUCGAGGACGCCCCGUAAAGAUCUUCAGUGAUAACGGAACAAAUCUCAGAGCAGGAGAAAGGGAGUUACGAGAAUCAGUUCGGCAAUGGAACCAAAGUCGCUUGUCUAAAUAUUUCCUUCAAGAGACGAUUGACUGGCACUUUAAUCCCCCUUAUGCAAGUCACAUGGGUGGUGUCUGGGAAAGGUUGGUAAGAUCAGUCAAAAAUGCGGUAAAAUCGGUUAUUCGUGAACAGCUUCUGGGUGAGGAAGCUUUAAUGACACUGAUGACGGAAGUCGAAAAAAUACUGAAUGAUCGACCAAUAACUCAGGUAAGACAGAAAUGGCACAAUGUACAGAGAAAUUUGACGGUAAAUGACCUUGUGCUUGUCUGUGACGAACCGUCUACACGCGGUCGCUGGCCUCUAGGACGUGUGCUUGAGGUUAGUAAAGGGAGAGACGGACUUGUGCGGUCAUGUAGGGUUAGGGUAAAUGGUUCAGAGAAAUCUAUAUUAUUACCUGCGGCCUGGAGGCUGCAGGAAUAUUGGAAUGCAACAAGUAGUGUAGCACAAUGGGGAAAUGGGUGA